UUUUCACUUUUCAGGGUAUAAUUUCCUCAUAUCUCCAUCACGCCCCCAAACCUUAAACGGAGAACAAAAAUGGCGACUUCUCUCCGUCGUAUCGGAAUCCACACAACCAAUGUUCACCGAUCACUGAUUCCUCAACUCAUCAAUCGAUUCUCCACAGAUGCUUUAUCCGUCGAGUACAAAGCCGGAGAAAUCGGCACCGUUUCCGGCAUUCCAGACGAACAUCUUCAACGGAGAGUUAUUAUCUAUUCGCCUGCUCGAACAGCUUCACAGCAAGGAGCCGGAAAAGUCGGAAAGUGGAAAAUCAAUUUUAUGUCCACACAGAAAUGGGAAAAUCCCUUGAUGGGUUGGACAUCCACAGGGGAUCCGUAUGCCAAUGUUGGUGACUCAGCGCUUAGUUUCAAAAGCGAAGCAGAUGCAAAAGCGUUUGCGGAAAGGCAUGGUUGGAACUAUACGGUCAAGAAGCACCAGACACCCCUAUUGAAGGCAAAGGCAUAUGCAGACAACUUCAAAUGGAAGGGGCUUCCGAAAACAACCGAGAAUUAGUGGAUAAAUCAAAUCUGAAGCUGUUGUUUUUUUUUUGUUUGAAUAAAUCAGAGUGUUUGGUGUUCUCUCUCAUUUAUUUCCGCUGCUUUGUAUGAUUAACCGCACCCUCGGGUGUUUCUACUUCCAAAAUUGGCUCUCCAAGCCUUUGAAGAAAAUAUUUGUGGUGCGUCACCCGCAAAACCUAAUGUUUUUAAAGCUCCAGGGUCGGUUAUUUAUCG